GCCGGGCGCGUCGCCAUGGCAGCGGCCGGAAGCGGAAGGCGCGUGGGGCUGAUGGCGGCGGCAGCGGGGGGCGCGGCGCUGUGGCGGCGGCUGGCGGCGCUGGUGCCGCCGGGGCGGCCGGGCCUGGCCGCGCUGCUCGGCCGCCUCUCGGACCGCCUGUCCUGCCGCCGCGACCGCCGCUCGCGCAGAUCACCAUGGCUGCUUCUAGCCCCAUUGCUCACCCCUCCUGUUCCUGUGAUCACAGCCCCCCCUUGUUCCCUUUAUCCAGAAGGAGCACACAGGUUCCAGUGGAUCAGAAAUCUGGUUCCAGAAUUCGGGAUCUCCAGCUCUCACGUGAAGGUCCUUUUGUCCCCAGCUGAAUUCUACAAACUCUUGAAGGUGCAGAUAAAAACAGCCAAACAGCGAGUAGUGAUGGCCUCACUAUACCUGGGAACAGGGUUCCUCGAACAGGAGCUGGUGGAUUGCUUAGAGGAAGCACUGAAGAAAUCACUGCAAGCAAAAGGAUCUUCUGUCCUCAGAGUUUCCAUUCUUCUUGACUUCACCAGAGGAUCUCGGGGCAGGAAGAAUUCUCGAACAAUGCUAAUUCCACUGCUGCAGCGAUUUCCCAACCAAGUCCGUGUAUCCCUCUUCCACACUCCAAACCUGCGUGGACUACUCAGGCUUCUGAUUCCAGAGCGUUUUAAUGAGACCAUUGGGCUGCAGCACAUCAAGGUCUAUCUGUUUGAUGAUAAUGUGAUCCUGAGUGGUGCAAACCUGAGUGACUUGUACUUCACCAAUCGUCAGGACCGCUAUGUUCUCCUGCGGGACUCUCCUGAGAUUGCAGACUUCUUUGCGGAACUAGUGGAUGCGAUCGGAGAUGUGUCUCUGCAAUUACAGCAAGACGAUACAGUCCAGAUGAUGGAGGGGAUGGUGCAUCCAUACCAAGGAGACAAGAUGGCUUACUGUGAGAGAGCAAAUCAGAGAGUCAUGGAAGUGAUCAACUCUGCUAGGACACGUCAAGAACUCCUUCAUUCAAAGACUUUCCACAGCAGCCAGGAAGGCAGCCCCUUGUUAUCCCAGCAAGACUCUCAAGCAUCCAGGGAUCUAAAACCAGAACCUGACACCUGGAUUUAUCCCUUAAUCCAAAUGAAACCCUUUGGGAUUCAAACAGAUGAGAUGAUCACAGAGACACUGCUGACGGAGGCUGAACGGGGUGCCAGGAUAUAUCUUACCACUGGCUACUUCAACCUGACACAAGCUUACAUGGACCUCAUUCUAGGCACUAGGGCUGAGUAUCGGAUUCUUCUGGCCUCACCAGAGGUGAAUGGUUUUUUUGGUGCCAAAGGGAUGGCAGGUUCCAUUCCUGCUGCCUAUGUUUACAUUGAACAUCAAUUUUACAGUGAGGUCUGCUGCCUUCGCCAGCAGGAGCGGGUUCAGCUGCAGGAGUACUCCAGGACUGGGUGGACUUUCCAUGCUAAAGGCCUCUGGCUGUACCUGGCAGGAAGCAAUCUUCCCUGCCUAACUCUGAUCGGCUCUCCUAAUUUCGGAUAUCGAUCCGUUCAUCGUGACCUGGAAGCUCAGGUUGCAAUAGUGACAGAAAAUAAAGCUUUGCAGCAGCAACUCCAUCAGGAGCAGGAGCAGCUUUACCUCUGCUCAGGUGUAGUCUCAUCAUCAACAUUUGAGCAGCCAAAUCGUUACGUGAAACUGUGGGUGAAGCUGGUAACACCUCUGAUUAAGAAUUUCUUUUGAAAGAAGAAACGCUGCUGAUUUGGGUUAAAGGUCCAGACAUAGGUGGGACCUCGCAUCCUUGUCUUAUAGACAGGACAUUCAUAGAUGUUCUUGCUGUCCAUGCGGUCAACAGGGAUGGCUCUGAUGAAGAUGACUGGCAUCAUAGGCGUCAACUCCUUCAACCGAGCAUCUGCGAUAACACCAGAAGGGACGUCCCAUCGAGCGCCUGCAAUGUUAUGAAAUUGUCAGGGUACCAGUUACCCAACUGCUCUUUUACUCGGAGGGGGCUGUUUUCAGUAGCUGCUAAAGGGUGGGGAGGAGUUUUUCUGUAGCAGUUGAGGGAUGAAAUGUAUAAGCUGGGUAGCCAUGGCGACCCUUUAGGGUACUCUUUAGGGCUAACGUGUUAUCAUCUCACUGUGACUCAUGAAUGCAUUUUGCCUUACUAAGUGUGGGAUGUCUAAAUAAAUGCUGCUCCUGCUCCUCCCUCCAGCCCAGAUAUUCAUGGAAGUUGCAUAGCCGAAAGUAGAACUCGGCCACAGUGGGAAGUGCGGUAAGCUAUCCUAUGUGGUCUCUGCUCUUACUUACUUUAAUUGGACCCUCCUGGUGCUCUAUCUCAUUCCCCCUCAUUUUUUAGCAGCAAUUAUUUUGGGUUUUAAGUUUCCUGAUUUAUCUUAUCCACACAUCAAAUAAAAGUGUUGUUCCAUGUAGUUUCAGAGUUCAUGUAGCUUCAAACAACCCAGUCCUCAGGUUCGUAUUUUGCAGUCUGAAUUUUGAAAAAACACUUUCUGGUUUGUGAAACUCUGCUUGUAAACUGGAUGGGUGCUGCCCUCAGGUGGCGUGUCUGAUGCUGGUACGGAAUAAAGGCAGCUCCCACCUGACGGGGGAUCUGAAUGGUGCCCAUAGUGGAAUCUGGGCAGCAAGUAAGUAGUCUUUGUGCUACACAGUGCAUGGUAGCAGUUUAAAUGAAGGCACACCCAAACAUCUGCACAGAAGAAAUAGACUCUGAGCUGCAGGGGAAAGCCUGCCCUGUUGAAAUAUGCAGUAUGUUGUCAGAUUCAGACUUCCCAGUUCAUUUAAAUUGUAGCUGAUGUAGAGUUUAGCGAAGAAGAAACUAGGGGAAAGGGAGAUACCAAAGCAGACAUGUUUUUGCAUGAAAACAAGCCGAUUCAGAAACAAGAGAAAAGCUUAAAUCAGUGCUUUGCUAAGGAUAAGAAUUAAUAAAUUAGGAGUCUCAUAGUUUGAAAACUGGUCUCACUGCUUGGAGCUUUUGCAAAUUCUGUACAAAUCCCAGUUUAAAAAGUUGGUGGGUAUUAAUGCUUGCUCCAUUUGCAAGAAUUUUUAAGGCUGAACUGGACUUUGUCUGUGCCUGAAACAUCUCAUGAAAGAUUCAACCUUUUACCUUCCAUGAAUAAUCCAUGUACAUAUGAGCCUUCUCUGGGUGGAGCUGUCAUAUCCUCACGGUUUUUCUUGGUCACUUCCACAGAAAGACACAUCUUGUCCAGUGGCCAUUCAUUUUUUCUAGCCAUAGACUGCAUGAUAGCAGUGAGAAAAGACUGAGGAUUAAAGAAUCCUGCUAGCCACACCGUUGCAGGCAGCACAAAGUCCGUUGUCCAGACUUCUAGUUCCUGCAAAAUAAAAUGGCAAAGCGCUUUGGAGCAAAGCAUGGUCUUUGGGCAAUGGAACGUGGCUUUGAAAUAUGAAGUAACAAAGAGCUAUUGUUUCACUGUGCCUAAUAUACAGGCUUUGGAAAAGCUUCCAGAUGGGCAGACUAGGGUAGGUGUAGUUUGUGAUGAGUAUCAGGCUCCACUACAACAAUGGAACUUCAACUGUUAAUUUGGAUUGCUGUAAAUACUGCUAUUUAUUUUUUAACAAAGCCGUGCUUUAAAUACAUGGCUUUAUUAUGUCUUUUCUUCUGAGACAUUUAAAGUUAUGAUUAGGUUAUCUAAUGUUCUUUUGAAAUGGUGAUUUACUCUAAUGGUGAACCCUUCUUUUCAGACUUCUGCUUUCAUUCUUGGGAUAACAGGCCAUUUCAGGUACUUCAACCUGCUUAAGUUAACGUUGAAAAAUAAAACAGUUAACCCCUCUGUACACUGAUGGGGUGAUUCCUGGUCAUCUGUGGCAUCUCCUUGCUCCCUAAGCUUUAACUUAAAAAAUCUGCUCACCCUAAUCCGGAGCAGCAAGUCUGCAUACCAGGCUCCUAAGCCAAGAAGAGAUGGAUAGGCAAAGUGUGUCCAGGAUUCGGGUACGUUGUCGUAGAAGAGAGCAUUCGCCAGCUCUUCCAUAUCUGAUGUAAUAGUUAGCUCUCCCUUUAAAAGAGAAAAGGCUGGGUGGUUUUAUCUGAAGAAGGCAGGAGUGAUGGAAGGACUCAGUCUCGCCUCCACUCUAAAGCACAGGACUUAUGUUAUCUGACUGUACCUAGCAUGGUGGAAGUUGUGAGAGAGAGAGAGCAAUGGUAACCAAGCAGUUUGUACAGCACGGGUUUGAAACUAAAGCAAAAGUCAUUGGCAAAUCAUGAGAAAUUACUUGGUAGGGAGAGGAGCUUUCUAACCAGCUACCUAACAUGUACCUUUAGUCCCAAAUGUAAUUCUUUCAAAGAGCGCCUGAUUUCAUGGGUUAAGAUGUUCAUUCUUUCACAUUCCUGGAAGGCAACCACGACAUAUGGUGUCUUAUCCACUGCCUUUGCCAUGAUCUCUGCUAUAUUGAAUGGCUCUGGUAGCUUCUCGAUGAUCUCGUCUAGGACUGACUUCACCUGGAAAAAACACCCCAUAAAACUGCUCUUAGAUAAGGAACAAUACUGUGAGUUAACAGUUAAGUUGGUAAGAUUUUUUUUUUCCCUGCCUUCUUUCUUUCCUGUGUUUCCUCCUUUGCUACUAAUACUCUGUUCUUUUACUAAGUGCUCUUGGAUCUUAAAAAGCUGUAGCUCUGUUGAUAGCCAGGAGGAUAGGGACUGAGGCCAAAGAGGAUGUGGAAUUCAAGUGUAAAAUGCAAGGAGUCAGGAGGAAGAUUUUUUUUUUUUUUAAACCAUCUGUAUUUUUAGUAGUUGUCAUCAUGAAUGGAAAUUACUAAGCCUGUGCCAUCUGGCUGAAGAUGCAGCAUGUGAGCCACAUUUUGCUACUGGCACAUCUCUACCCCCUCCGAGAGUAAUCAUUUUGAACACUGCUGCUUUUGUGACUGUACUGUGUGUCCAGAUCAAGUAAACACAGUGAAAGAGGUUGGGCAGCAUUUCAGUCCCACUUUCUCUGUACGCUUAUAGGUUUCUCUGAGAUGCUGGAAGAGAGCAGCUGAUGGUCUUAUGAUCUGCAUGAGUAGCUGCCUGCCUGGUACCUAGGUUGAUGCGAGACCAAGGAAGAGGGGAGACAUUACAGACAGGGCAGGGAAAGGGAAAGAAAUAAGCAGGCAAACGUCUGCAUUACUUUCUCUACCCUCGUUAUAGCCCUCUGGGAUAAGGUAGUACUUCUGCCUUUUCGGCCUCUGUAGAACAGUGAAAUGUUUGCUAGUGUUUGAUUAUAUUAAUGAAAACAGAUUGGGAAAGUUACUAAAAUGGAAAACAGAGCCUGGUGACAGAGACAUCAAGUGCAAAUAUACUUAAAUAAAAAUUCCUUGACAGGAGUGUCCAGCUGAGCACCUGCCUGUUGGCAGCUGAGACUGCAGACAUGAUGCAGUGUUUCUCACAAGCUGUGAGCUAACAAAUCCCCCCUUUCUCUAGGCUGACAACUUGUAUCAUGUACCAUGCUAGAAUUACAACUCUCUACUUUUCUGCGCUGAGAAGAAAUCAAGUCAGGUCACAGAAAUAAAUCAAUUCUCUGUCAUAUUCUCUUGUGCAUUAGGUGUGGACCUGUGUCUUAUCCUCCCCAGCUAGCCAUCUCGAGGCUGCUGAAGUUUCAUAGUUCACUGUGAAGAAGUAGAAACAUUGCUUGCCUUUUCCUCUCGGGAGACGCCCGAGGCUCCUCCAGUAUCUGAUUCUUUGGGCUGCAUUUCUAAAACUGUCCGAAAAAGCUUGUCUGAAGUGAUGGUCAGGAAGCCAAUUUCUGCAUUGGGGUGAAGGCCAUACAGGUACGGGCUCUCUGGUGGCAAGUUCUCAUCAAUGUAUUCAUGGUAACCCUAAGCACAGGACAGAUAUUGACAGUAAUUUAGCAGAUACUUACACAGGGUAGCUAGUUUUGCUUCUGCCUUGAAAAUACUUCAUAGCUUUUCUAGUGGUGGUGUUUCAUAGCUAGCUGAUCUUGUUUAUUAAAGGUAUUUUUACUCAUGUCUUACCUCAGUUUUUUUUUCCUUACCAUCCCAGCCACAGGAAUUAUUUUCCAGUGAUUCUGCAUGUUGCCACUGGACUGAAAAGGUACCACCUUUUUCCUGCACUCCCUCUCGGUUUGCAUGAGGGAACUCUGACUAACAUAUACUAAUCCAGAGUAGUGGUUUUUCCACAGCGAACUGUAAUGUUAAUUACCACAUCCUCAGAUGAGCGAGACCUUUCUUACCUUGUAAUCCAAGUUGGGAGGGAUCAAAAACCCUGGAGCUAAGUACGUUUCACCUUCCAGCAUCUCUACGCGGAUGUAUUCGGUCAGGUAAGUCCGACAUAACCGGCGAUCCCAGUCGUCUGUGAUAUGUCCACCAUACAUGAUUUCACCAAAGAGGUACCGGAGAUCGUCCCAUGGAACCUAGCAGGAGACAGACGCUCGCUAUAAGGUCUCUGUAGACUGUGUGGCUCCCAAAAAUGUGGCCCCGUGCAGCAAGUACCAGGCAGUUUCACGUGUUGCUGUAGAACUGUGGGGCCAGAAAACAAUUUCUCCCAGGUUUUCCUGCCCAGUAGCCAUCUGAUUCAGGACCUGCUGAAGCAUGGUGACAGAAGCAAGUGGUGUGUGUGGGUGUGUGCGUGCGUGCGUGCGUACGUAUAUAUAGGGGGACGGGGAAAAGACAGAGGUCUUGUCUGUUACAGUUUCUCUUAUGUUUGCCCGCAGAUUUCACUUUGUCCCUCUAUAAGCACAGCCAUUCGUACUUCUGAUCCCUUUUCAUCCCAUUUUUAUUCAGGUCGCUGUUGAGCGUGUACGUAAGACCAUGGGUAAGCAGCACCCUCCCCUGCGAGUAGAGCAGCCAGUCAUAGUCAUUGCACCUUCAUUCUUGGUGCGGCUUUGCCUUUCAGGUGGACAGUCAUGUUUAAAAUGGAAAAGCACUGAGGAAUGAGUCAGGCCUGAGCCAGAGCAGACAGUCCUGAGCCUCAUGCUUUCCAUGCAGCUCACAUAGUGCUAAGGACUGUGUGCAUCUCUUCACAUGCUAAAGUUUGCAGUCAGCUCCCUGGGGAGAUGGAGAGGAAGAAUUUUGCUGGCAAAGCAAUGUUUCCUUAAAAGGAGGAGUAUGUGCGGUAAACUGAUCAAUUUUAAAAAAUGUUGAUUGUCAUAAUGGGGGUCAUGCUGAUGAAUGGUUGUUUUGUAAGUAUCCUUACCUUUGGGUUAGCCUCCAGGUAAUUAUACAGUACGUUAAUUGAUAUGGUCAGGUCACCAUUAUUGAAGGGGUAAGAUCUGUUCCAUCCUUGUGCUCCAAAUUUGCGCCGUUCAGCCACCACUGCGUGGAAGUAACAGAGUGCAAACAAGAUGCAUUUGAACUCGAUUUCUCUGCUGCACAUCUCCAAAGUGUCCUGUAGUGGAAUAAAAACGAGAGUGGGUUUGCAUGCAGGAGCGAAUGUCACAUUGUCCAUCUGUCUAUUAAAGAAAACUAACGGUAAUGGGAAGGUAACAUGUAAUGCCAAAGCAGAACUGAACAUCAUUUAUUAAAAAAUGCAUAAAAUUCUA